UGUGUGGGGCCGUGUGCAGAUCCGCGUGUGGCGCAGGCUGGGACCCCGAAAAUAAACAGCCGUUGCCGCCGCCGUCGUCCCCCUACCCUCCUCGGGAGCUGAAGCGUCCGACCCCGCUACCUCCGCGGGCCCUGUUCGACGUCUUAGAAGAUCUAAGUGCAGCAAUGAGCAGCAACGAGUGUUUCAAAUGUGGACGCUCUGGCCAUUGGGCCCGAGAAUGCCCUACUGGAGGAGGCCGUGGCCGAGGAAUGCGGAGCCGUGGAAGAGGUGGUUUUACCUCAGCGAGAGGUUUCCAGUUUGUUUCUUCAUCUCUUCCAGACAUCUGUUACCGUUGUGGUGAGUCUGGUCAUCUUGCCAAGGAUUGUGAUCUUCAGGAGGAUGAAGCCUGCUAUAACUGCGGUAGAGGUGGCCACAUUGCCAAGGACUGCAAGGAACCGAAGCGGGAGAGAGAGCAGUGCUGCUACAAUUGUGGCAAACCUGGCCACUUGGCUCGUGACUGUGACCAUGCAGACGAGCAGAAGUGCUAUUCGUGUGGAGAGUUUGGGCACAUUCAGAAAGAUUGCACCAAAGUGAAAUGCUAUAGGUGUGGUGAAACUGGUCAUGUAGCCAUCAACUGCAGCAAGACAAGUGAAGUCAACUGUUAUCGCUGUGGCGAGUCAGGGCAUCUUGCACGGGAAUGCACAAUUGAGGCUACAGCUUAAUUAUUUUCCUUUGUCGCCCCUCCUUUUUCUGAUUGAUGGUUGUAUUAUUUUCUCUGAAUCCUCUUCACUGGCCAAAGGUUGGCAGAUAGAGGCUACUCCCAGGCCAGUGAGCUUUACUUGCCGUGUAAAAGGAGGAAAGGGGUGGAAAAAUCGACUUUCUGCAUUUAACUACAAAAAAAUGUUUAUGUUUAGUUUGGUAGAGGUGUUAUGUAUAAUGCUUUGUUAAAGAACCCCCUUUCCGCGCCACUGGUGAAUAGGGAUUAACGAAUGGGAAGAGUUGAGUCAGACUAGGAAACCCUUUCUGGGUUUCUUGGAUGUGAUCCCAUGCAGGAGGUAAAACAGAAUGUGGAAGUGUCUUUGAACUUCCAUAAGUAACUUUAAUUGUAGUAUAAUGAUGGCCUUGGAUUGUCUGACCUCAGUAGCUGUUAAAUAACAUCGAGUAACAUCUGUAUCAGGCCCUACAUAGAGCAUCUAGUCGAGUGGGAGUAAAAAGAUGUGUAUGCCUGUUAAUGGCCAUAAGAGAGAGAGAAAUCAGGAUAAAAACCUAAACAGUAACAACUCCGUCGCAAUGUGAAUGCUGGAGAUACAGAUGGUGAAGGCAAGGUUGGGAAUAAAUUUUUCAAAAACUAAAUCUAAAACCCAGAGUAAACAUCAAUGCUCAGAGCAAGCAUAAUUUGAAGCUAUUCAGGAGUUGCAGAGAAAUGCAUUUUCACAGAAAUCAAGAUGUUAUUUUUGUAUACUAUAUCACUUAGACAACUGUUGAGUUUCAUUUGCUGUAAUCAGUUUUUAAAAGUCAGAUGGUAAAAGCAACUGAAGUCCUAGAACAUAGAAAUGUAAUUUUAAACUAUCAAUAAAGCUGGAGGAGGAAGGGGAGUUUGACUAAAGUUCCUUUUGUUUAUUUCAAAUUUUCAUUAAUGUACAUAGUGCAAAAUGCCAUAUUAAAGAGGGGACUGUGGAGGACUGAAAAGCUGACAGUUUGGACUUUUCUUUUUGUACUAACUCAAUCAUGUCUUCGAUGGUUAAAAGUUAGCAAUUAAAACAUGGAAAGGCAUGGGGUUAAAAAUUGUGUCAGAUUAUUUUGCAAAAGAAUAGAAAAUAUUUAAAGCUUUGGUUUUUAUCAUCCAUUUACAUAUUCAUAAUAGCAGUUUUUUAGGUUUUACAUAUUUCUAAGUGAUCUCAACACAGUUGCUUCGAUUUAGCCAUAUACCUUCGUUGGUCUUUAUGUAGAUCUGACAUACUGUACCUCCACAAUAUUAGAGCUGGAAAGAACCUUUAAAAAGUCUCUCUCAGUGAUUUUCCCCAAGGUCAGCCCAGUGAGGGCAGGGGCAGAGCUGCAGUCAAGGCCAGGUCUUCUGCUACUGCCAUGAACUCAACUACCAUACUGCAGCUCCACUAUGGAUAUAGUUAGGGGUUCAUGCAAAUGUUUAAUUAAGUGCCUAUUAUAAACAAGGCACUGGGCUUAGCCCCUUGGAUACACAAAUAAAAGGGAAAACUUUCCCUACCCCCAGGAAAGUUAAUCUGCCUUUGCCUUCUGAUUGGGGGUUUAAAUAUGCUCCCUCUAUCAGUUAUUCACUUCAUGCAAAUUUUGACAAGUUAUCACUUUAAGGUUGAGGUCUUGGUGCCUCCUUCAUCUUAGGGGGUCCAUAGUAGUGUGGGUAUUUCAAUGUGUUGAGUUGAGAGUUUCAGAGACUAUUAGGCCACCAUGACUUGGCCAAAAGGAAAGGAAAAUAUGGUUAUAAAUACUACAUUUCCCAGGAUGUUGAAUGGAUGCUAAAGUAAUAUUUAAAUAAAAAGCAGUAAUUAUUUUAGUGAAAACUGCUGCAGGUUAGUCAACUUAGGGGUAUAAACACUAAUCAAAACAACAAUGACUUAAAUUUUUUAUACUCCGUAUGAAGCAAUGCAAAAGUUUAGUGUACACACGACAGUUCUGCUAUUUAGUAAAUCAAAAAAAGAUUAUUUUUCCAAUCUUAGAGAAUCACUGGAUACUGCUUGCCAACAAAACCCAAACAUUACGUAAAAUGCAAGGUGACAAAAUUGUGGCCCACUUGGGGCAAUGUUAACUUUUACUCUAGAAAUAUAUUAGCCUAAGCCUUUUUUGGUAUAAGCCUUAGUUGUUUUUCAGUGUAAAACAGCUUGAUGCAUCAACUUUAGCCCAGCUUUGGCAGGCGAAGAGUCUUGAGGCUAUGUUGCUUACAUAUAGGAUAGAAAGGCAUAUGCCAAGACUGGAAGCAGGAGGCUUUGUGAGCUGGACGUUGGGAAGGCAGAAGGGAAUUUCAUUUGGUCUUAGAGCUGUUGCAUUCAUUCAUCCAUCUUUUCAUUGGUGGUGCCUAGGAACUUUGUUUAUGGAGAGCUUAACAAGAACCUGUUCUUACCAGAACACAAAGUGUUCACUUCUGUUAUACAUUCCAUUUUUGCUUUAAGUUUACCUUGCUUUCAUGUAGCCUGAACACAUUAAACAUGGAAAUGCUCCUUUUAGAAAGAA